AGGACGGCUUCAUUUCGCCGACAAGCCACGCUCCUCGCUUAAUAAGUAAAAGCAGAAAAAGAAGAAGGCCGCUCUCCUAGAAAAGGGAAGACAAGGUGUCUAUCCGCAAGCCAGCAGCAGUUAUGUCCGUAAGCAAGCUUCCCUUCCCCGUCAAGGAGCGCAAUACGAAAGUGCAGCGUUACGAUAUACCCAGGUUCACCCACGACGAGCAAGGCUACCUCGUGUUGGACGACCUCCACACCGCAGACCUCCCGCAAGGUCCCCCGGAGGAUGCGGGCCACGCCCGGAAGCGCUUCGUGGCUGUCGUGUGUGGCGUCGCACUUCUCGCCGGUGCCGUGGCCUUCCUUGCGGGCGUCAUCGUGGCGGACCCCUCGGCGUUUUUCGGCCGGCCCGGCGGUGAGAUGAAUCGAUGGUGCUCCAACACGACAAGCCUCGGAAAAGCAAACGCUUCAUCGAAUCAAGCCAUUUACGCCGACUCAUCUCUUCUCGAAGACGACAACGCAAUAGGACUUCUUACCAGCUCAGAAGCGAUUGACAUCCCUGCGACAGGGCCUAGGGUCUUCGAACACACCUUGGAAUGACACAGGCUGCUGCGCGCUAGCGUUCCAACUAUCCAAUGCCGUAUUUUCACGCUAUUGUUUUCACAAUAUCUGGAAGCAAAAACGUAAUUCUAUAUAUCGGGAACUGUCCGCUUAUGCAGAAAACAAUCAAUUCAAUAACGCUCAAGCACUCGUUUACACUGCAUACCUGUUAUUCUUUAUUGUUAUUGCGGUAAUAAUUAUACGAAACCUA